AUGGACACACGGCAUCGAGAAGGGCGGGACUUCCGUCAGGGAAUACAUGGUGAGAGCCUGCGCGGAAAGUAACACUUCCUUUUGUGACUGGCGGCGAACGAGGACGGACCGCCAUGAAGGCCUCGGGCACACUCCGGGAGUACAAGGUGGUGGGGCGCUGCUUGCCCACCCCAAAGUGCCACACGCCCCCACUGUACCGAAUGCGCAUCUUCGCGCCCAACCAUGUGGUGGCCAAGUCCCGCUUCUGGUACUUCGUGUCGCAGCUGAAGAAGAUGAAGAAGUCAUCCGGGGAGAUCGUGUACUGUGGGCAGGUGUUCGAGAAGUCCCCCCUGCGCGUGAAGAACUUCGGCAUCUGGCUGCGCUAUGACUCCCGCAGUGGGACUCACAACAUGUACCGCGAGUACCGCGACCUGACCACCGCUGGGGCUGUCACACAGUGCUACCGAGACAUGGGUGCCCGGCACCGUGCCCGUGCACACUCCAUCCAGAUCAUGAAGGUGGAAGAGAUCGCUGCGGGCAAGUGUCGAAGGCCGGCUGUCAAACAGUUCCACGACUCCAAGAUCAAGUUCCCGCUGCCCCACCGUGUUCUGCGGCGCCAGCACAAGCCUCGCUUCACUACCAAGAGGCCUAACACCUUUUUCUAGACCCAGAGACACACUGAAUAAAACUCCAGAGUUC